AGAUCUCUGCACUUCCGGAUGCUGCCGAGCGGACACGCUUCGCUUAUCGGCAGGUGUUUUGCGCGAGAGGGCCAGCUCCAUGGUAACGGGACACCAACUAACUGCACUUGCUAAAGGUUGUAGACGGGCUACAAUGGCGGAGACGAGGAUAGAGAAACUCAGACACCCACCUAAAAGAGUUUUUAUCAACAACAUCGACUCAUACGCUUCUAAAUGUAUCGCCAAGUUUUUGUGUGAAUGUGUGGUUGGGGCAACUGUUGAUCCUGAUGGACAGGUGGACACUAUGGAGGACACAGUAGUGACCCACAGCAGAGCACGAGCUUUUCACAUUGUUGGAACUGUCUCUGACAGAUGUGAUGAGGACAGACCGCAUGUCCUGGAGGAGUAUUUCCAACUGAACAGAGAUGAACUACUUUCAAAACUGAUGGACUGUGAUGUAGUAAUCUACAACAUUACCCAGCAUGCUGAGCAGGUGGAGGAAGCCCUCUGGGCUGUCUCAGCUCUCCAUAAUGAAAUGAGCCAUUUCUCUGGACCAAAGAUGUUCAUCCUCGUCUCCACAGUGAUGACCUGGGCGUGCAGCAAGCCAGUCAAUCAUGAUGUCCCAGUCACUGAUGAGAUCUUCUGGAGAAGAAGAGCACAUCCCAAUUUUAAGCCACACAUUGACCUGGAGAGGAGGGUGGUCAAAAUGGGCAAAACUAACAGGACAUUGUUCUCGACAUACGUGGUGGCGUCAGGACUUCAGUACGGGAUGGGAGAACAGACCUUCCACUUCUUUUUCAAGACAUCAUGGCUGGGACAAGAACAGGAAAUACCUGUCUUUGGAGACGGCAACAACAUCGUCCCUACGAUUCACAUCAACGACCUGGCAUGUGUGAUUCAGAAUGUGAUAGAACAUCAGCCCAAGCCGUAUUACCUGUUAGCUGUGGAUGAUUCCAACAAUACCAUGGAGGACAUUGUGAAGGCAGUUGCCUCUUCACUUGGACCAGGGAAGAUCCAGAAAAGGCCAUUCAAGGAAGCCUUCCUAACACAAGACUUGAGUGUAAUGGAAAUUGAUUCCUUGCUGGUCAACCUACACAUGGAGGCUGUCCAUCUCAAGGAACUGUACUCUAUCAGCUGGUUGUGCGAGUCUGGACUGGUGGAGAACAUAGACCUGGUGGUAGAGGAGUACAAGCAGACCAGAGGACUACUGCCCAUCCGUCUGUGUGUCCUGGGUCCUCCUGCAGUGGGAAAGAGCACAUUGUCCAGACAGAUCUGUAAAUACUAUAAACUCCAUCACAUCACACUGAAGGAGAUCAUCUCAGACACAAUCUCACAACUGGAAGAUAAAGUGAAGAAUGCUGAUCCAGGUGCAGAGAAUGAGGACUCUGCAGCAGAGACCAAGGAGCUGCUCAACAGCCUGAAGGACAGUAUGGAGCAGUACGGAGGUCUUUGGGAUGACCCGCUGUUGGUGAAGGUGGUAAAGGAGAAACUGAUGUCUAACCCGUGCAGAAACCAGGGUUUUGUUCUUGAUGGCUUUCCUAAGACAUGUGAACAAGCUAAAGAGCUCUUCUACUCUGAAGAACAUGAAACAGAAGAUGGAACAUCCCAGAUUUCCUUAUGCAGCAAGAAGAUAAUGCCAGAGUUUGUUUUGUGCCUGGAUGCGUCAGAUGCCUUCCUGAAGGAUCGAGUGAUGAACCUGCCUGAGAGGCUGGUACAGGAGCUAAACUACAGGCAGGAGCACUUCCUACGACGACUGGCCAGAUACAGAGAGAACAACGUGGAAGAUGAAACUGUUGUCAACUACUUUGAUGAGCUGGACAUCAGCCUUCUGUUCCUGGAGAUCACCAGUAGCCAUGAGCCUGACUGCCUGCUGCUGAUGCAGAAGAUCUUUGACACGGUGGGCCAGCCCAGAAACUACGGCCCCAGCAGCCAGGAGGUGAAGGAAGGGGAGAGGAGGAAGGCUGAAGAGAGGAUGAGGAGAGAGGCCCAGGAGAAAGCUGAAGAGGAGAGGUGGGAGGCAGAGGAGGCCAAACAAGGCGCUGCGCACUGGGAACAGUGGACUAAGGAUUUGGAGAAGGUGAGGCAGCAGGAGGAGGAGCUGCUGGAGGCCCAGACAGUCUCUAUGAGGAACUACCUGAUGGAGCAUGUCAUGCCCACUCUGACCCAGGGCCUGAUCGAAUGCUGCAUGGCCCAACCACAGGACCCCGUGGACUUCCUGGCGGAGUUCUUGAUAAAGAACAAUCCCUUUAACUACUAAAAGUGGAGGUCAAUUCUUCUUGUUGCACCUACACAUUAUGCAAAUACAACACAGGAAAACUGAAAUAAAACUGUUAUUUUUUUCUCCCCUAAUUGUCCUGAGCUCUUUAGUAUAUUAGGGACUGAAGUCAUUACAUGCAGCAUUUCUAUUAGAGGAAAACCUCCUGGAGUCUCUUAAACUUGUCACAGUAUUUCAGCCAUCACAUGCCAAGUGUCCCUCGGUUCAUGCUGGG